AUGUAGGGGAGGGGAGCGGCUCCGGUGCAGAGUCCCUUCCCACACGACCCCUGCCCGCCAUCAACCCCUUCCCCUUCCACCUCAGCCUUUCAGCCUCUUCUGUACUGGGUCGCGCCCUCUGCCAUCCCUGCCCAUCUCCCCCCGUUCCCUCUGGGCUAAAGAGACACACACCCUUUAUGCCUGUGCAAGGGAGAGGAGCCUGGAACGGGGGUGCAGGAGAGGUUGGGCAGUGCAGGGCGGUGUCUCCGUAGACCCAGCGUGAGGGGCGGCCUGGGGAGGAGAAUUGCAGCUCUUGGCAGAGUGAGCCAAGUACUUCCACCGGGAUGAAAAACCCAGGGCUCCAAAGGGCUAGAAGGACCCACAGUGACCACUUCAGGCUCCUACGAGGUAUCAGAGGGUUGUGAGAGGAAGAAAGGCCAACGCUGGGGGUCCCUGGAACGGCGGGGGAUGCAAGCUAUGGAGGGGGAAGUGUUACUCCCAGCUCUCUACGAGGAGGAAGAGGAGGAGGAAGAAGAGGAAGAAGAGGUGGAAGAAGAGGAUGAUCAAGUGCAGAAAGGUGGCAGCGUGGGCUCCCUGUCGGUUGGCAAGCACCGGGGCCUGAGCCUCACGGAGACAGAGCUGGAGGAGCUGAGGGCUCAGGUGCUGCAGCUGGUGGCAGAGCUGGAGGAGACCCGGGAACUGGCAGGGCAGCAUGAGGACGACUCGCUGGAGCUGCAGGGGCUCCUGGAGGAUGAGCGGCUGGCCAGCGCCCAGCAGGCAGAGGUGUUCACCAAGCAGAUUCAGCAGCUCCAAGGUGAGCUGCGGUCUCUACGGGAGGAGAUUUCCCUGUUAGAGCAUGAAAAAGAAAGUGAACUUCAGGAAAUAGAACAGGAGUUGCAUUUGGCCCAGGCUGAGAUCCAGAAUCUGCGGCAAGCAGCGGAGGACUCUGCGACUGAACAUGAGAGUGACAUAGCCUCCCUGCAGGAGGAUCUCUGCCGGAUGCAGAAUGAACUCGAGGACAUGGAGCGCAUCCGAGGAGAGUAUGAGAUGGAGAUCACCUCCCUCCGUGCAGAAAUAGAAAUGAAGAACUCUGACGUAUCCAAUAGUUUAAGUCUCUCAGAUUUCUCUGAGAUGCAAGAAGAGUUGCAGCAACUGCGGGACCGCUACCGCUUCCUGAACGAGGAGUACCAGGUCCUCCAAGAGAACAACAGUAGCCUCACAGGACAGCUUGCGGAUCUGGAGAGUGAGAGGACACUAAGAGCAACAGAAAGAUGCCUGGAGUCCCAAGCACUAGGGAGUAUGAAGUCAGCAGAGUCUCAGACUUCAAAAGAGGAUUUCCUGGAGCCUGAUCCUGAAAUGCAUUUGUUGCGACAGCAGCUGCUGGGAGCUGAGGAGCAGAUGCAUGACAUGCAGAACAAGUGUAAGAAAUUGAGUUGUGAGUUGCAAGAGCUACAGCACCAUCGCCGGACCAGUGAGGAGGAGCAGAGGCGGCUGCAGAGGGAGCUCAAGUGUGCACAGGAUGAGGUGCUUCGGUUUCAGACUUCCCACAGUGUCACUCAGGGCGAGGAGCUGAGGACCAGACUCUGUGCCCUGCAGCAAAAGUAUGAUGCUAGCCAGGAUGAGCAGAAUGAGCUCUUGAAGGUACAGCUACAACUUGAGGCUGAGCUCCAGCAGCUCAAAGAUAUGAAACCCACAGUCGUAGAAAGCCAGAGUGAGAAGGAGUUACAGUGCCAGCUACAGAAGCUGCAGCUGCAGUACCAGAGCAUCAUGUGUGAGAAGGACGAGCUGCUGGCCGUGCAGCGGCAGCUGCAAGACAGCCUGCGCUGCCACGAGGCAGAGGUGCAGCACCUCAAGGGCAUCGUGGCCUCCUUCCAAGAGAGCAGAGAGAAGAAUGCAGAGAUGCACGCCCAGCUGCAGGAGAUGAAGCGGCUGUACCAGACCAGCAAGGAUGCGCUGGAGCGGCAAAAGCACAUGUAUGAUCAGCUCGAGCAGGACUUCUUGCUCUGCCGGCAGGAGCUGCAGCAGCUCAAGACCACCCAGUCCAUCCCAGAGGACAAGGGAAAGUGUGCUGAUAAGUGUGACGCACUGCUCUUCAGACUGACAGAAUUGCAGGAGAGGUACAAGGCCAGCCAGAAGGAUAUGGCGCAGCUGCAGAUGGAGCAGUGCAAGCUCCUGGAGAGGCAGAGGAGGAUGCAGGAGGCGCAGGGCCAGCUGCACGAAGAGCUGCACAGGCUCACGUUCCCGCUCCCCAGAUCUGGUCUCUUCCACAAGAGUCAGGAGCUCCUUACAAAGUUACAAGACCUGGGUGAACUACAGAUGGUCUACCAAGGCAUGCAGGAGAAGCAGAAAAAACUGAUACAGAAUCAAGAAAGUGUAUUAAAAGAACAAUUAGAACUGCACGGAGCGCUGCAACGUUUCAAGGAGUCUGAUUUCCGGGAAGUGUUGGAUAAUCCAAAGGACUCCAAAUGGCCUAAGUCCUCAAAAUGUGGUCAUAACAAGUCAAAGGUGAUCAUCGCCCAGAUGCAGUCUCUGCAGGAGCUGUACGAGGCCAGUGAGGCUGAGCAGGAGCUGCGGCAGCAGGAGCAGGAGCGGCUUCUAGAGGAGCGGAAGAGGCUGCAGGCCGACCUGCAGCUCUGCCUGGAAGAAAUGCACAUGCUCCAAGUCCAGUCCCCUUCUGUGAAAAUGAGCCUUGAGUCCUACAAGAAGAGUUAUGGGACCACGGCCACCAGCAACGAGAACUGUCGCAGAGAUUGUAACAUUGAUGACAACGAGAGCUGUCACGAGAGUUACAACAGCAGCCAGGCCAGCGAAGAGAGCGUCCUCCAGAGCUAUGACAGGAGCACCAGUACUGGGGAGUCCUGUGGGAGGAGUUACCGCAGCAGCAGCAGCAGCAUUGCCUAUAAGAGGAGUUACGGCACCAGUAGGAGCUCUGACACCUGUCACAAGAGUUACGUCAGCAGCAGCAUGGACGACGAACUUGCCGAUCCUGAAGAUAUGGAGCGCUUUGAGGACACGGUUGCCAAGGUGUUGAUCAAGCUGCAGGGAGUGCAGGCCAUGUACCAGCUCAGCCAGGAGGAGCACGACCUGCUGCGGCAGCAGAUGAGAAACCUGCUAGACAAGCAGAAAGGGCCGAAGGAAGAGCUGGAUGCCUGCGAGAAGGAAUUCAAGGAGCGCGUGGAACGCUUGGAGAAGACUGUUGCCUCCCAAAAUGAGGAGCACGAGAUCAAAGAACUGCAGGCCAAGCUGCGGGAGCUGCAGCUACAGUACCAGGCUAGCGUGGAUGAGCGGGGGCGGCUCCUGGCCAUGCAGGAGCAGUUGGAGGGGCAGCUGCAGUGCUGCCAGGAAGAGCUUCACCAGCUCAAAGAGAAGAGGUCCUCUGUUACCAAAGAAACCAAGGGAACGAAUGGCAAUAAGAACAUGAAUAAGAAUGCCAAUGGGGUUAAAAGUAAAAAGGUGGCCAAGCCAAGCCUGGAGAGUUCUGAGGUCAGCUGUGAGACCAGAAAGAGUCUGGAGGUGGUGCUGUACUACAAGGCCAGCCACGUGGCCUUGGACGAUCAAACGAAAGAGGAAAUAGAAGAGGAAACGAAGGAGGCAAUUGAGGACGAAACGGAGGCAAUUGAGGACGAAACAAAGGAGUCCUGGGAUGAACUAGUUUCUGAGCCAUCAGGUCCUAGAGAGGUUAAAUUCAAAGAAGACCAGGAGGAGAGAUAUGAAGAGUUCCACAGCCAGGAGGAUAAGGAAGAAGGCAACGACCAAGGGGAGGAGGAUGAUGAAGCUUCAGAGGGAAGCAACCCCCUCAAGCCUUCUGAGAGCAAAAAGAACAUGUUUGGGAUGUGGAAGCCUAUGGUGUUCUUGGCCCUUGCAGCUGUGGCUCUGUAUGUGUUACCCAACAUGCGACCGCAGGAGACAGAGUCCUACCUCGUGGAGUGACGGCAGGCCUGGGCCAGCCGAGGAGGCAGAUCCGCAGUGGCCACUACCCUCAGCUUUGGGCAGGACACACUGUGCCAGAGCCCCCACCCCACCCGUGUGUUCCAUGUGUCCCCAUCUCCUUAGCCUCAGCCACUCAGGCCGGAAAGGCUUGUUGUGGGGAACUGCUGGCUCCCAUCUCCUGCCUCGUGUAAGAACCUGGGUUCCUUGUAAUUAAACAUCAGCUGAAUCACA